GACAAACUGGGAAAACCUCCUGACUCCCCGCUCCUCCUCUCCUCCUCCUCUCGCCCUGUCAGUCGACUGUUUUCGGGCUGUGUGUGUGUCUGUUAGCUAGCUGCUAGCCAUCAUCACCACAAUAAACUGCAGAAACAGAAGACGGAUAUGGCGGAUACAGCCAGGGACGCUCCACCGGAGCAGACCGACUUCCAUGAGCUGGAGGACGGGGAGGAACUGUUCCCGGAGCCGGCCACAACACAGGAGUCCCAACCAGCCAGUUUAGCUGCUGAGGACAUCAGCACCAACUCAAAUGGACCCAAGCAAGACUCGCUCUUCGAUGACGAUCCAGAGGAUCUGUUUGCAGAAGCGACAGAGGAGGUUUCGUUGGACAGUCCAGAGAGAGACGUUCUGCUGUCCGAUGGCCCAUCGCCCGCCAUCACCCCCAUCACCCCUCCCACGUCCGUCAUCACCCCUCGCAUUGGCCACACCCACGACGACAUGUUCACACACUCCUCAUUCGAUGAGAUUGAAGAAGAGGAGGGCGGAGAUUCUUUUGACAUUCACAUAUCGGUGUCUGACCCAGAGAAAGUCGGUGAUGGGAUGAAUGCAUAUAUGGCCUACAAAGUGACGACCAAGACCUCCAUGUCCUUGUUUAAGCGAAGUGAGUUUGCAGUAAAAAGGCGUUUCAGUGACUUUCUGGGUCUGCACAGUAAACUGGCCUCCAAGUACCUGCAUAUAGGCUACAUCGUCCCCCCUGCACCGGAGAAAAGCAUCGUAGGGAUGACAAAGGUGAAGGUGGGGAAGGAGGACCAGUCAUCCAAUGAGUUUGUGGAGAAGAGGAGGUCGGCCCUUGAGAGAUAUCUGAUGAGAACGGUGAAGCAUCCCAUCCUGCUGAAGGAUCCUGAUGUUCUGCAAUUCCUGGAGAGCUCAGAGUUGCCGCGGGCUGUCAGCACUCAGGCUCUGAGCAGCGCCGGACUUCUGCGAAUGGUCAACAAGGCGGCAGAUGCAGUCAACAAGAUGACCAUCAAGAUGAACGAGUCCGAUGCUUGGUUUGAGGAGAAGCAGCAGCAUUUUGAGAAUCUGGACGUUCAGUUGAGGAAACUUCACACCAGCGUGGAGUCUCUGGUCUGUCACAGGAAAGAGCUAUCUGUGAACACGGCGCAGUUUGCCAAGUCGGCGGCCAUGUUGGGGAACAGCGAGGACCACACAGCUCUGUCUCGGGCACUGUCCCAGCUGGCUGAGGUGGAGGAGAAGAUCGAUCAGCUGCACCAGGACCAGGCCAACGCUGACUUCUACCUUUUCUCCGAGCUGCUGGGCGACUACGUCCGCCUGCUCACCGCCGUGAAGGGUGUGUUUGAUCACCGUAUGAAGACGUGGCAGAAGUGGCAGGACAGUCAGAUGUUGCUGCAGAAGAAACGGGAAGCUGAAGCCAAACUGCAGUUCACCAACAAACCAGACAAACUGCAGCAGGCCAAAGACGAGAUCAAAGAGCUGGAAGGGAAGGUCCAGCAGGGGGAGAGAGACUUUGAGCAGAUCUCCAAAACCAUCCGCAAAGAAGUCAGCAGGUUUGAGAAAGAGAGAGUGAAGGACUUUAAAACGAUCAUUAUCAAAUACCUGGAGUCUCUGGUUCAGACACAACAGCAGCUGAUAAAAUACUGGGAGGCUUUCUUACCUGAAGCCAAGGCAAUCUCAUAGAAUCCGAUCUACACACAGACAGUCCUGACUGGCUCUGGUCAAACUACACUACCCAUAAUGCACAUGUCCUCCUGGGUCCUUCCUGCUCCUCCUUAUUAAGCUCAGACUAAAGAAGAGAAGUGAGGCAGCAAAUCAGCUGAAAUCUGAUAAAGUUCAUGAUGUUUAACUCCUGCUUUUUUUUUUUCUCCCCCCCUCCCCCCACGCUGUGCUGCGUUCAUGUCACGACUGACCCUUUAGAACAUUUAGAAUAAUACCUUAGGAAUGCUGAUACACCAAAACUGAUUUCUGAGUUCCCUUAUUAAUUUUUAUGAAGUCUAAAAGGGAGCGAUUCGUUGGGUUGGAAAGUCGUAUUUUCGUAUGGAUGUGAACGCAGCACGGGUUAUGGCCCUGGUGAUUUUUAUUUUAAUUUUUUUUAAACAUUCUGGUUGAUUUUGUUUGUUUCCUCAUUGUGCAUGAGGAAAAAGGUGAUUGGAGAAAGCUAUUUAAGGGCUUUUUACAUAAUAAUGAUCAAUAUUCAAACUUUUAACUAAAGAAAGUUUGUUUGUUUUUUUCUCCAUAAGCUUAGCAUUUGAAGGCAUGUUUCCAUAAUUCACAUAUCUUUGAGUUUUGAACUGACAAAACAAGAUAUUCCCUUACAUAAAUAAAUAAAUAAAUGAAUAAAUAAAUAAAUGAAAAAUAAAUUGGUGAUAAAAAAGGGAUUGAUAACAACAGUUUAUUUGAAGAAAGCGAUUCGCUCCUCUCAACCAAAAUAUUGUGUCUUUAGUUAAAUAAAAGUAUUUACAUUUCAUUUCUUUCAUGAAAAACAAACAGGACCCCUAUGCCCAGCUUACCUUAUCACCAGUUAAAUUUCAUCCAGUUUAAGUCACCAGUUUAUUUUACUGAAAGAAGUUUUUACCUUUUUUUUUUUUUUUUUUUUGAAACACUUCAAACCGCUAAGUCAGAAUAUCUGCGCUUUUAUUUUGGAACAUGAGCUGUGAAACCGAUCCAGAGUACGUGAUCAAGGACGACCGACUGCAUCGUUUUUGUGUAUUGUGUCUUGUUACCUCCUGUCACCUGUACUUUCACUUCCUCUCAUUCCUUUCAGAACAAGAGCCUGUGUUUUUGUUGCUGUAUGAUCGUAAGUGAAGGCAACAUUUUCUGUUUCUGUCCUCUCUGAGCCAACAAGAGCAGAGAAGGAAGACUCUCACAUGCCGGUUUAGUUCAUUGCUGUUCUCGAGAAAUUAUGGAUGGAAGUUUCUGAAAAAAACCCUUUUAGACAGUUUUUUGGGCAGUAAGUUUGAAACCCUUUUGAAUAUGAACAGAGACUAAUACGCUUCAGUGUGGACACUGUGACAUAAAAAAAAUGCUUUCUUCUUUUAAUAUUUUCCACCUUUUCAUGACAAAUUUACUAGAUGUCUUGGCCGUCUAAGUCAAAAUUUCGGAUUAUCUGAAAAUUUCAAUUACUAAGUCAAACUUCUGAGAAAAUUUAAUUGACCUUGUUGUUUUCUUUUGCUUCUCCCGAUUCUAAUGUGAAUCUACAAGAGCAGAAAUCUUAAAUGAAACAUUAGUAACCAUAAAAAAAAAUGUGAAUGUUGAUUUUCUUACGACUUGAAAUCAUUAUACGAAUAAACGAUAAUGCGAGAAUGCCCCUCUGUGGCAGAUUUUCUCCAUCUCUGUGAAAUCAUGCUAAAUAUGUGGUUAAUUAGUACCUUAUGAAGCUUCAGUGUGAACUGGGCCUUGGUGGUUUUCUUCCUGCUGCUCAUGUUCAGCCCAGUUAGGAGAAUUUAAGGUUUUGAGUUUUAAAUUUAACAAGAACUGAUUAAAUCAAUCAGAAACUGCUUGUUAGUAUUUCUAAGUCUUGGAGGCUUGUGGUGUUCCAAGCUCUUCAUUACAGAUGAAGGAUUUCCUUUAGGGAAUGAUCAUAAAUCUGAAGUUCGGAGCGUCUGAGUAGUUUCAGGCCUGGUGGAGGUGAGACUUUGUCAGUUGACUGAGUAGGUGUCCGUCCAGAGAUCAGCCUCAGACUGUGAGAUUUAUUUUUUAGUCUUUGUUAAUUAAGGUGACAACUCCAACUUCCUGCAAAAUCCUGCAGAAUAUGACCUUGAUUUUAUUUUUUGUUGAAUUCAAAGAACACUUUGCUAUCCAACAUCUCAAAUCUGUCAUAAAAUCAUUAAAUCAGAUAUUUUAGCUUAUUUGAUUCAAGCAGAAAGUAAAACUGGAAUUACUUUUGAUUUUGACUUUUCUUCUUUUGGUGCUCAGCCCACAUUACUCCUCAGUCUUAAAUUCUACAAAACUAUGUUGAUUGUUGUGGUUUUUAUCAUGUUUUAUUCCUCAUUUUUUUUGCCACCAAAUGAUGUGCAAUGGUUGAGAACUUUUACUUGAUUUUAGGUUUUGUUUUUAUUUUUUUUUCACAAAUGAUGAAAUGCUUUAUCUGCUGAGAUUUUUUUAAAGCCAUUUUGGUUUUGAUAUGACAUUCCUGAAGUGUGACAGAGCAGACGUUUGAGUACAAUAAAGGAAUGUAUCUCAUCCA